AUGAUCAGCUCCGUCUCCACUGUUGCAUCAUCCCUUUCUCUUCUCUCUUCGCCUCAUCAGAAAUUCUCCGUCGAUCUCUACUCGUAUCGAAAUCCUGACCGGCGAUGCCCGAUCGUUUGCUCCGGCGUCAGAAUGGGCAGAGCUACGCGGCGGCGGCAGAGUCGAGACUUGUCGGCCACUGAAGCUAGGGUUUCUCUCGUUCUCGCUCUCGCCUCUCAGGCUUCCUCUGCCUCUCAACGCCUUUUGGCUGAUUUGGCGGUGGAGACUGCGAAAUACGUGUUUCCCAAGAGAUUCAAUAGCUCAAAUCUGGAAGAAGCGUUGAUGUCUGUUCCGGAUCUGGAGACAAUGAAUUUCAGAGUUCUAAGCAGGACAGACAAAUACGAGAUUAGAGAAGUCGAGCCUUAUUUUGUGGCCGAGACUACAAUGCCAGGGGAAAAUGGAUUCGACUUCUAUGGUGCUUCAAGGUCGUUCAAUGUGUUAGCUGAGUACCUGUUUGGUAAGAACACAGUCAAUGAGAAAAUGGAGAUGACGACCCCUGUUGUUACUCGUAAAGUCCAAUCUGUUGGUAAAAAGAUGGAAAUCACCACUCCAGUAAUAACUAGGAAGGCAAAAGAACAAACCCAAUGGCAAAUGUCUUUUGUCAUGCCUUCCAAGUAUGGUUCAAAUUUGCCAUUGCCAAAAGAUGCUUCAGUCAAGAUUCAGGAGGUGCCACGAAAGAUUGUUGCUGUUGUUGCCUUCUCAGGGUACGUUACCGAUGAAGAGAUUGAGAAACGUGAGCAAGAACUAAGGAGAUCUCUUCAAAAUGACAAGAUGUUUCGAGUGAAAUAUGGAGUUUCAGUUGAAGUUGCACAGUACAAUCCACCAUUCACUCUUCCGUUUACCCGCCGCAAUGAGGUUUCUCUCGAAGUGGAAAGCAAAGAAGAUUAG